AUGGCACUUGCCAAGGACCCUCUCUGCUCAGUUCAAACCACUGCCUUUAGUGGAAACUUGUUGGGGGAUGUUUCCUCCCCUGAGCCUUACAAAUUUGAAGGAGGAGGUGGCUUGGAAAAGCCUGGUGGGGUUGUCAAGAAUUUUUCCAUGAGUAGUUCUACUUCAUUUUCUUCUCCAAGCAGUGUGAAUUCUGAUGGUUUGGCGUUCCGGCCUGUGAACUAUCACCCAGAGGAAGUUCAUUCUUUGAUAAACUUCAAGGGCAACGGGUAUGAUAACUUCAUGAAUGGGACUAAUGGAUCUCUGCUUAGCUUUGAGCAAAAUGAGAGGGUUCUGCAAAACACUUACUUGAAAACUAGUAGUCACAAAGAUGAGUACUCAAUAUGGGGGGGCAGUUUGAAUCAGAAUUACCAGUGGAAUCAGGCGAAUCCGAAGAGCAGUACCGAUCCUCGAGUGGUGGAAGAUUUCAGCUGCUUUGAAACUGCUAGCAAUUUUAAUUCCAUGACAAGUGCUACAAAAGAAAACCAUGGGGAUUGGUUAUACUCAGAAGCAGCUGUAGUUGCUGAUAGUAUCCAGGAGUCAGGAUCACCAGAAGCAGCUGGCCUCAAGCGUCCCCAUACGGGAGAGAGCAAUCAAGCUUUGAAGAAACAAUGCUCCAACGAAGCUAACAAGGCAAAAACUAAGUCAGGACCAUCAAAGGACCCUCAAAGUAUUGCAGCCAAGAAUCGACGUGAGAGGAUCAGUGAGCGGCUGAAGAUACUACAGGAACUGGUACCCAAUGGCUCCAAGGUUGAUCUGGUUACCAUGCUGGAGAAAGCCAUUAGCUACGUCAAGUUUCUUCAGUUGCAAGUGAAGGUGUUGGCAACAGAUGAGUUUUGGCCUGUCCAAGGUGGGAAAGCUCCCGAUAUUUCUCAAGUAAGAGAAGCCAUUGAUGCUAUACUCUUGUCUCAGAAAGACAGGAAUUCAAGCUCAAAGUAA